AUGGAAGGACACCCAUAUUUACAAGAAAAUUAUGAAAAUGAGAAAGAGAUCAGUGAAGAAAUUGGUUCUGAUAGAGAACGCGACCAAAUGGAUGUUGAUAACUCAGAAGUAAAUAAUAUACCAAAGCCAAGAAUGAUGAAAGUAGAUGAUGAACCCUCCCCAGCGAAAGUACCCGCUGUAGAAAUGCACGAUCCUGAUAUACCUCUUCGAGCUAAAGGAAGUAAUAUGAGAAAGGCGACUAACUUCCAAAAGAGAAACAUGUCACCUGCGGCUUUGCAAAAGAACUCAAUGGUUGAGCGUAUGAAAGAGCAGAACGAGAGACUCAAAGCCGAGCUAAAGCAGCUAACUGAAAAGUUAGAAGAAUUUGUCCAAAAAGCUAAGCAGAAAUAAGCAGCAGAAGAUGGAACUCAAAAAGAAAGGACUUGAAGAUGAUAAUGACACCAUCAAGUCAAAGAAGCAAGAGCUUACCAAGAUCCAGAACAAAAUCAAGGCCUAUAAUAAAGAAAUUACUAAUAUGAGAAGGCAGCUAGAGGGCAGCUAUAAUAUAGACAAAAUCAUCGGGCUCGAAGAUGAGGUUAAGGAUAAAGAAAGGAUCCUAAAAGAACUCCAAAGCGAGAACAAGAGUCUCCAGAGCGUACAGAAAGAGCAAGAAAAGGCCCUUAAUGGCUUAAAGCAGGACUAUGCCCUUGAUGAUAAAAUAACUGAACUGAAUGCAGAUCUAAAGCUUGCAAAGGAAAGACUUCGGAAGCUACAAGCUGCUCAAAGGAAGGAAGAGAGAUUGCUGAAACAACAGCAUGAGCAGUCAAUUGUGUUGAAGGAAAGAGUCUCUAAGAUGGAGCAACUAGUUCAAGAGCAGAAGAAAUAACAACCUUAACAUGAAACUAAAUAAGGUAAAUCAGGAGGUGACAGAGGAUGACUUAAAAGAUCUUCAAGAGCAAGUGAAGAUAAUUGAGCAGGAGAAAACUCUUGAAGAGAAGAAAUUCAAAACUGAGAUUUCUAAAAAUGGCAAAUAAAAUCAAGUCUCUCAAACAUGAGCAUGACUUAGUUAGUUUACAAGUAAAGGAGAAGGAUCAGGAGUAUCGGCUGAAUGAAUUAAAAAUAAGAGAGCUGAAGAGACAAUUGCCACCGAAGGUGCUUAAAAUGCUAGAAGAAAAGGAGAAAGAGCUAAUGAACCUUUAAGAACAAUGAUGAUUAGUUUCAAAAUCUAAAGAAGGCAAAAAUAAUGAAAUGGCUCAAUGAUAAUUAUAGAAUUU